AUGGACGCUGGUGCUCUAGCAUUGAAGCCUGCAUGGCAGACCGAAGACCUAGAGGACGAGUGGAUCGAUCAGGAGGAAGACGACAGUCAGGCCGAGGUCUCCUUCCAUGCACCCACCACUUCUGAUAUUUCAUUUACACAACCGUACGGCUCGGUCCUGGUGCGUAAUAGCGACUUUGAGUCGGGAACACCACAUCGAAGCUCAGAAGCGGGCGGAACUUUUCUGGUCAGGGACGAUGUAUCGCCCGCGUCGUUGCUGCCCAAGACACCCGGCCGUAACAAGCCUGUCUUUGGAAAGAGUUUCUUCAGCCCGCUUGCACUGGAAAAAAUGUUCGAACCUCCCUCUCCGCCGCAUGCCAGCUCUACUGCUAUUCCAACCGUACAAACUUCUGCGCCACCUGUUCGUUCGCGUCUCUCACAGGUCUACGUGCCCAGUGAGGACGACACGGAGCUGGUCGGUGGUUACGCGGAGAGUGUGGGGUUUGAAGACAGGUCGCAGGAUGACCUCAGUUUAUCUGACGGAGGUGGGCCUGCCAUAAAUUGUCAGUUCACAUUCGAGGUUCCUCGUCCAAGUCCAUUUGACCCGAUGGGAUCAAUUCCGAACGCACAGAGCACACCUGGUCCCCCUCGUGUAAGCUCCAUUCCUCUCCAUCCGCCCACAGAUCCACGCCUGCGGCUCUUUCAAUUUCAAUACGACACGUUCACUCGCGAACACUUGUCCGCCAUGGUUGAUUCCAUUGCUGUGAACACUCCUGGCUCCGGGGGUAGCGGUUCUGCUCCCCCGACUGAAGAGCCAUCUCCCACAGGAUUAUCACCUGUGCGCGAGUCAAGCACCUCGCGGCUGCGCAGUGCUAAACGCAUUAAGCUUAGCCCCGCCAGCGAUUUCGCUGAGCGAGAUGGUGGCGCUAUUGUCAUACGGCCAAAUACUCUGCGGAAGGACUACGUCGGGGAAUCGAGGUCACUUAUGGAGAAGAUCAGACAAGCGCGAGAUUUUUCCACCAUCUCGACCACCGCGAGCGCGCAAUCUCCAGCGCCGGCGGAGAAAUUGUCCUCACCGCAGGAUCAACUGAAUGUCCCCGCCGUCCGUCGGCCGUCAUUAUUGGGCGCAGGCUCUCAACCAGCAACUAGGGCGUCAUCGUCUAGUUGGACAGUAGCCUCAUCACAGCGAGGCAUAUACUCCUCUCUUGGUUAUCGUCAACAAGCCGCGAAUUUGAUGGCUCAGAUCCGGAAUGACAUGAAAGGUUCAAAGCGACUGUUCUCGGGAGAUACGGAGAUGUCACAUGUGACGCAUGGGGAGAAGAAUCAUUCUGUUAUGGAUGAAGAUGAAGAGCGCACCGCAUCGUUCUCGAUGCAUGGGGCUGCUAGCGGAGAAAUGGCGCCGAUGAGCGUUCGCUCGCAGGCGCGAUCUUCAAGCAGGCAGUAUGGUACCGUCAGAGACAGACCAAAGUCGAGCCCUCGCCGAUCACAGCGCAUGCCCAGCGCCCCCCACGUAACAGAGCGAGAAUUGACAGAGGAUCUGUCUCAGCUGUCCAUGAGCUCUGAGCGUCUUUUGGAGCAGUUUCCUGAGCCCCCUGUCGUGGUUGGGAUCACAACAACAGCUGCCUCAUUCGCCGCCGACACUGAUCAAGCGCCUGAACUCAAUCCCACCCUCCUUGUUCCUGCACCGGGAAAUGGCCCUGCUUAUCCAUCCUCGUCCUUGCGGUCCGGCAGAAACGAGGACCUUACUCGGUUUGUUUCAUCUAGUACUGCCUCCGGCACUACUCUCACCACGGGAAGUACGGCUUCAUUCGUUAAGCAUCCGGGGCCAAAGCAGAUCACGCGCAUAACUCCAGAAGAUGUGCCUACUCUACCUGACAGGGUGGGGAAGAUGGUGUUUGAUAAGGUCAUGAUGAGGUGGGUUAAGGCCACGGCUCUGGCCACAGAGGUCCUCCACGAGGAGGACGAGAGGGAACCCCCCGUGGCGGUGGACGGAAAUGACAGCGAAGAUCCCUUCCGCGACAUUGAGAGCCUGCGCGAGGACGACUCUCGUAACAUUCCCAUCGUGACUAUCGAGCGGGCGAACGACGACGAUGAUGAUGACGGACUGUCUAUGGACGCCGAGAAAAGGAAGAUAGAAGACAUAGGGGACUCCGAGGUGGAGGAUGAGGAGGAAGCGGAGCUUACUUCUUUCUCUUUCGACGGCCCAUCGGCGGAGCUUGUUGAACUCGUUUCCCCAGAGGGCCAGGCUGAGCUAGAUGAUACAGAUUCUGAAGAAGACGAGGAGGAUACCGAGACAACGGGAUUGUCCGUAGACACGGCCCUCGCGUCGGACGACUCUGAGGACAGUUACGAAAUUGUAGCCCCCACUGCGAGCCCACCUGAGUUCGAGCCUGCCCUACAAGACUCUCCCCUUGUGUUUGCACCCCCAUACGGGCCGACCUCCCUGAGUACCCCCAAUCCACCGCCGCGGGCGUCGUUCAGCGCGACGCCGACCCCUGCGGUCCGUUCCGCCCUGAAGAGCACGAGCAUCACCCCCGUGUCUGCACUGAAGGACCCGAGCAAAACAAGAAACUAUACCCCAGCCAACAAGCUAGGCCAUCGUCGCUCGGUGAGCUUCUCCGACGGUAGACGAGAUGGGCCGAUAUUGGGUAUUGGCAGGAACGCUCCCACUCCGGAUGGCACCGAAACGGAAGGCGACAGACUCCUGGUUGGAGGGCCUAGCAAGGCAUCCAGUGCCCUGGUACCUUCGGCACGUUCCAAACGGAUCAUAGACAUGCUGGAUAACCUCGGCGAUGCCGACUUUGCGGAGGAGUCGCCCUCGAAGGCUAGUAGCUCCGGGCGCCCUGCUUCAGAUGAGCUUCACCCCCUGAAACCGCGGCGGCCAAGCAGCGCUACGGUCAAUGCGCGCAGCCCAAGUCGGGAGAUCUCACGCCGGGUGUUCUCUCGGUCGCAUUCCAGCAGGACGCCUGCGUCGACAAGCCGCCAUGCAAAUGCGACGUUCCUGACAGAAUGCUCAUUCGGUGUAGCGCACGAUCGGCUUGUGCAGGUCAUCACAGAUGUGCAGCCUUUCGAGCCGUACUGGGAAGAUCUAGCGUCCAUUGACCUGUCGAAGCGCAAUAUCGACAGUGUGGCGCGACUGAAGGAGUUCUUGCCCCGGCUGGACUCGCUGACACUCAAUGAUAAUCACUUGUCGUGGCUGAGCGGAGUUCCUGGCACAGUGCGAUCGCUCUCAGUUGCGGCGAACGUGUUGACCGGGCUUACGUCCUUCAGUCAUCUGCUCAACCUGGAGAACUUGGACAUUAGCCGAAACGAGAUCGAAUCACUCCGCCAGCUCGAAUGCCUCCGGCAUUUACGUGAGCUGCGCGCUGAUGGGAACAAGAUCGACAGCACCGAUGGGUUGCAAAAGAUGGACGGGCUUGUGAAGCUGAGUCUGCAAGGGAACAAAAUACGCAGCCUCGAUUUGCGACAGUACCGUUGGACCCGGUUAGAAAUGUUGAACCUCAGCAGGAAUAGGCUAGGGACGGUGGCGGGGCUUGCCACGCUCCCAGCACUGAUUGCGCUCAACCUGGACCACAAUGUGCUGGGCGAACUGGACCCUCAGGGGCCGAUGCCCAGACUCCGGAUACUCCGCGCCAGCUCGAACCGGCUGGAGGAGCUGGACGCCUCGCCCUACCCAAAUCUUCGCACGCUUUACGCCGACAAUAAUUCCCUCGGGGCGGUCCACAAGGCGUAUCGCCUGACCAAGCUGGAGAACCUAAGCCUGCGGAACCAGAACGGACGAGCUGGCCUGUCGCUAUCUAUCCGCGAUGUUCGCGAUGUGAAACGCUUGUAUCUAUCUGGGAACCCACUGCAGGCCGGGUUCAUCUCGGAGCCGUGCUACAACCUCGUCUACCUGGAGCUCGCGGCGUGCCGGCUGAACGCGCUGCCCGCAGACCUCGCGCGGCUGGUCCCGAACGUGCGCGUGCUGAACCUGAACUACAACUUUCUCGCGGACGCGCGCGCGCUGGAGGGCCUCGCGCGCCUGCGCAAGCUGACGCUCAUCGGCUCGCGCAUCACCGCGACCAAGGGGCUCGUGCGCAUGCUGCGCGGCAUGCGCGACGUCGAGAUGCUCGACUUCCGGUGCGUGCCUCUCCCUCUCCCUCUCCCUCUUCCCCUUUUCCUUCCCCUCCCGUUUCCGCUCCCCUCCUGCGCUUGUUCUCGCCCGCGGCCUCUGUGUGGUUUGCUUGCGUCUGGGCACGCCCGGAGCUUCCCUGCACGGCGCCCCACAAGGCCCGGCGCAGCGCAGUGCCGUGCGCGCGGAUGCAGAGCGCAGAGGCUGCAUGGAGGGAGGCCACCAGGUGCGCGCGCACUAUGCAUGGACGCACGGCGCCACGCCGCGCCGGGGCUGAUUUGCCUCCGUGGCGCUCUCGGCACCGGCGCCUAA